ACCAAGAACAAUAUACAUCAAGUCCAUAAACAUGGCAACUCGCAAGCGGAAUGAAUUCCUAGACAUCCCCGACAGUGAAGAUGAGGGAAGUGAACGCGGCUACGACUCCGAGGCAGCGGAGGAGGAGAAGAGCAAAGGCCGCGCUUUGAAGCGGAGACGGAUGGAGUCGGCGAUGGGCUUGAGUGAUGAUGACGAUGAUAAUGCCGAAGGCUCAGAGGGUGAAUCUGAAGAGGAAAGCCGAUCCAGGACGAAAUCCAAAAAGGCAAAGCAAACACAAGACAACGACGAUGAUGACGACGCAUCGGAGAACGAGAACGAGGACGAAGAUGAAGAUGAAGACGACGACAACGACGACUACCUAAACAAAACGACAACCUUCGAAACCAAAAAAUCCAGCGCCGACAAAAAGCCCCUCAAACCCCUCGACAAAACCAAACCACCCAAGAAAAACAAAACCGGCGUCGUCUACUUCUCCUCCCUCCCACCGUACCUGAAACCCUUCGCGCUCAAGUCGCUCCUCGAAGCCCGCGGUUUCGAACCCAUCACCAAGGUCUUCCUGACGCCUGAAUCGGCGACUUCAGGCGCGCCCCGGAAACGGUCGAAUAAGCGUAAGACCUACGCGGAUGGAUGGGUGGAGUUUGCGUCGAAGAAGACGGCCAAGAUUUGUGCGGAGACGUUGAAUGCGUCGAUUGUGGGCGGGCGCAAGGGUGGCUGGUAUCAUGAUGAUGUGUGGAAUAUGAAGUAUCUGCGGGGAUUCAAGUGGGCGGAUCUCAUGGAGCAAGUGCAGAGGGAGAGAGGGGAGAGAGAGGCCCGCCGACGGGUGGAGGAUGCGAGGGCGAGGAAGGAGGAGAAGGUGUUUUUGUCUGGUGUGGAGAAGGGUAGAGUUCUUGAUGGGAUUACGAAGAAGAAUGAAGAGAAGAAGAAGCGGAAUGGCGAUGGGGGUGCUCGCAAGGUGGAUGUUAAGCCUCGGAUGCUAUUCAAGCAGAACGAAGUCAAGCAUGGCCGGGAUAAGCUCAAGGCCGGCGAUGAUCGUGCUGCCCUGGCGGAUGAUACGAAGAGGGUCUUGGGCAAGAUUUUCUAA